UUUUUUUUUUUUUUUUUUCAAUAUUUUGACAUUCAUUUUGACUUAAUUCAUUUUGUUGCUAAUAACAGACUUUUUUAAAAAAGAUGUCUGAAAGUGCAUCAUUGUUGGGUGUUCCUCGAUGCCGAAGUCGCAAGUUUGAUGAGUUUACUGAAGAUAAUUUUAAUGACAAAAACGAGCAGAUUUUGGAAAAAUACAAAAAACAAACUUCAAUAAGCCAUUACUUGCAUAUUAUAUUUUGGAUGCUAGCUGGCAUUGCAACAUUCCAUUAUACGGACUUCUACAUUGCACUGAGAGUCGAUACGCGGAUAGAACGUUUAUAUUUGUAUCCCGGUUUGGCAAUGAUAUUUGUUAGUGUACUUAUUGCUGUUGUCAUGAUAGGCUAUUACCACUAUUAUAAAGGAAUCUCUGAUUAUGAAGUUCACUGUCCUUUUGCAGUACCUGUAGCUACCGUGUUAUUUAUAACCGGCAUGGUUAUUAUGUGUAUAGCGUUAUGGCCAGUUUGGAAUGUUUUUACUCCUUUUAUUCUGAUUACUAUGUUUAUGGGUACAAUAUUCUCCCUCUCUUUAUUGCCUAUUUGAAGAUUCAUUUUAAACACUUUAAAUCCCGUACCUGGUUACGUAAGGCUACUUUUAUAAACACAUAAAGGAAUGGUGUUUUCAUAGAUUGACAUUAAUCUUUUUCAAACUUGCAAGUUUUGCUUUAAUUACAAUUAUUAUUGGUGCCAAAAAAAGUUAUCAAACAUGUUUGCAUCCUCAAAGAACACGAAUUCUGCUAGGUAAAGAACUAUUGAUGGAAAUAAUCUAUUUUGCUAAUCCAAAUUUUUUGAAAUCAAAUUUGACCAGUUAUUUGUUAUUAGUUUUGAUUUUUUUUUUUUUUUUUUUUUUUUUUUUUUUUGUGCAUAAUUUAUUUAAUUUUUCUUAAAUACUUACAAUACAUUUUAAUAAUAAUUAUUAUGAAUUAUGUUGUAUAUAAUGUAGUAGUUAAUAACAAUUUAAUAUAAUUAUAUUAGUUAUAAUAUAAUUAUUUAUUUAUCACAUUUAGUAUUUUAUAUGGUGUACUUAAAACCAGAUUAUUAUGUUCAAAUAAUUUAUCUGAAAACAUAACGCAUGGAUUAUUUUUUUCAAAGUUUGUCUUUAGUGUCAGUUUGUAAAUAGUUCUUGUUAGGGGGUCCUUCAUAAAGGACGUAAUUCAGAAUUUAAAUACUAAGCGGUAUAAUACUCUAAAAAUUUCUGAGCCAACAUUCUCCGACCUCUUGCCAUUAGUUAAACUUAGCGUGACGUCCUUUAAGGAUGAUCCCUUAUUUGUAUUAUAUAAACGUAUUUAAUCAAAACAUAAAGUUUUUUUGUACAUUUAAAUUUUUGUAUUCAUACUUUUAAGUUAAUCUCUUGUUUAUGACAAUCCCAUUUAUUGUGCUCCUAUGAGUAUUAAAACUUCAUUUUACGUAUUUUUUAGAAUAUACAUUAUUUAUAUCUUAUGCUUAAAUAUUUUAGUAGAAAAAUUUUUUUUUUUUCAAUUUGUUAGACAGGGGUGUGGAAUCAUAAAAAAAAUGAAGUGAAAAAAGUGAUGGACAAAAUGAAUUUGGCUUUCUACACAAUUUAUUGAUUACACUAUGUAACAAAUGUUCACUUUUGUUCUGUUCCUGGAUUGAAAGUGUGUUUUCUUAAUUCGUUAGGUCUACAACAGAAAAGAAAACUGUUAUUUCAGAAAAACUUUGUUUUUGUAACCGGGACAAUAAAAUUUGGAAAAUCGCAUGUUUUCUAGAAAAUUCUCAAUUUUCUUUUAGUACCGAGCUUCCUCCUAUAAUAUUCCUGAACUGCCAGAGUUGUCCAGAUGUUUCUAAAACUCUCCUAAACACUCUAGAGUAUUCAAAAAACUUCCAGAACUUUCGAGAAACUCUCAGAACUUACUAGAACAUUCUUGAACGUUCCAAAAGUAGCUGUACAAUUAUAAAAGCACAGGUGUCUUAAAUCAAGAUUCAAGUUCGUUUUAUUGCAGACUGAAAGGAUAACAAUUCGUAGUUGCAGAGAAGUUUAUUAUUUGAUAUGGUAUCAAGAGGUUGUUUGCAUCCAGCUGAUUUAUUCUGCUAGGUGUAUGGACAAUUCAUAAAGACAAAUUAAAAAAAUUAUUCCGGGGAAGCAAGAUGAUUAAUUUAAAAAAGGCGUACUUCGGCGUACCGGUCGGGGACCAAAACAAAUUUUAAGCACCGCAUUUUGCAUGCGAAUAUUGCAAGAAAAUACUUGAAGGUUGGUACAGAGGAGAGAAUCAAGCCAUGAAGUUUGCUGUCCUGCAAAUUCGACGAGAGCCGACGGACCACUCAAGCUAUUGCUACUUCUGCAUGGUAAACCGAAAAAAUUGUCGCAUAGGCAAAAAUGAAGUAAUUAGUAACUGCUCUUAACAAGGAGUCAGCAGCAUUUCAAUAUCUCCAAGAUCUUUUUCCAAAGUUGACCGAGGCUUAGGCAUAUCAGGGAUGGUAUAUUUGUCAGACCACAGAUCAAGAAGAUCAUAGAAUGUUAGGAUUUUGCAAAGCUGUUGAACAGGACAAAGAGAGCAACAUGGAGCAGUUUUAUUGCAUUUGUUUAGAGUUUCCUAGGUAAUCAUAAAGCUGAAAACUAUGUGGAGUCGGUGCAGAUUCUCAUAAAGAAUUAUGCCAAAAUGGGAUGCAGAAUGUCUCUGAAAGUCCAUUUCCUUGAUUCGCAUCUCAAUAAAUUCAGAGAAGAAUAUGACGCUUACUCCGAGGAGCAAA